AUGGAGCAAUGUCCCAGUGCACAUGCAGAUCAAACCCUCGAUAUAUCAACGAUUGGGAACUUGGCUGCUACCUCUAAUCUUUUGGGGACUCCGUGGUUCUAUGCAUCUAACGAUGACAGUGACCAGUAUGCACUCAACGGAAGUGAAGAGUACAUACCCAGAUACCUCAGUGAUCCGACUCUGGUCGAUUGGUCUGAGUCUCUGCUCUCUCAAUCAUAUUCGACACCUCAGCAGGAUUCGUCAUUCACAAGCCUCACGACUCCUCCGAACAAUGUCGAGUACCCUCCCGAAUCUUGCGUGCCUCAACUACGAUCAGAGUCCUCGAUCUUAUCGAGUUCUAGCAACACCAUUGAGUAUCAUCCAGAGUCAUCAAAGGGGCCAAAUCACUCAGACAUCACCCAUGUGUCCAGCAACCCAGAGGUCACCGAGCACUACCACUCUCUACCAACACAGCCUGAAGCAAAGAAGCACAGGGUGAGCUCCGGUAUAGAGAGCACCAUGAGCCUGCCCGAAGACAUCCUCACCGCGAGUGUCCAGAGACAAGCCGACGCUCCCCCACCCACCAAAAGGCGUGACACGGUCGACAAGACAGACACCUCAUACAUCAAGAAGGUCAGGGAGAGGAACAAGCGGGCUGCAACAAAGGUCCGCAUCAAGCAGCGGGAACAAGAGAAGAAUCUUGAGUCUGCCGAGAAGAAGUUGCAGGAGGCGAAUCACAGGUUGACGGAAUGUGUCAAGGAGCUAACUCACCAAGUCCACGACCUCAAGAUGCAGUUGCUCCAGCAUGGAACCUGUGACUGUGUACUUAUUCAGGAGUACAUUGGUAAUGAAGCGAAUCGAUAUGUUCAAGAGAUAAGUGGAUAG